GACAAAUUACGAAAAUUUCGGCAUUGAACAUUCUGUAUCUAUUGAUGCGUUGUCACCAGCAUCAUCGGAAACAUUUGUAGAUAUACAUAGUGCAUAUGAUACACAAAAACAAGGUAAAUUAAAAAAAAAAAUUUGUAAUAAAUAAUUCUCUACACAUAAAAAAAAUUUCUUGUACAGUUAACUUUAUAUGCAAACUAAUAUAGUUUGAAGCCGAGAUAUUGUUCAAAAAUCUGAUUUGAAACUGUGUUACGAAAUACCUUGUACAAGGAAAUUUUCUUUAUGUAAUACAUUUUUAACAUUUGAAUGCCUUAUUAUAAAUUUUUAAACAUUAUUUUACAGUACACAAUAUGGGGGAUACCAAUAUAAGGCAGACAAAUCAAACAGAAUUUUGUUCACCACAUCAGUUCAGGUCAUUGCCUCGUCCUAACAGUGCCUCGUCUCGUUCUAAUAGCAUCUUGCCUUAUCCAAGCAGUGCCUCGCCUCGUCCUAACAGUGUCUCGCCUCGUCCUACUGAUGCUUUUCCUAGUUUUACAGGAGCUCCAUUUAUUCGUACUUCGAACAUUUCACGUCCUGAGAGCAUUUCACCUUGUCCCUCGAGUGCACCAUAUCUUCGAGACAGCGUCUCGCCCUGUUCUCAGAGAUCUGAUACAGUGGGCAGCUAUUCUCAACAAAAUUACGCGCAACAUGCAAAACGAGCAAAAAAGCAAUUGCCUGAAACGCGUACAGAUGCGGUCGACCAGGCAAUUUUAAAUUUGGUGGAAAAACGAAAUUCAACCGACACCAUGAAUUCAGACGAUCUCUUUUAUUUGUCUAUAUUGCGGGAUUCACAGCAACUAAACUUAAAUGCGAAAUUACGUUUAAAGGCACUAGUAUUACAAGCGCUUUCUCAAGUUGUAACAGAGGAACAAAAUAAAAUCUAAUCAAUUGCAUUUUUUAUAAA